UGAAAUAUGCUUGUUCUCUCGGAGUUUCACGUCAGUCGAAGAGAAGCGUUUAAACUUAUUACGUGAAAGUCCGGAAAAAAUUCGUACGACAUGUCACAAAGACGAUCUAACACGCAAAUUGCGUUGUGUAUUUUCUUCACGGGUUUAUUUCUCGGAUCAAUCGAAUUUGGUCAGGGAUUAAAGUGUUACGAGUGUUCUUCACUAAACGAUACUAGUUGUGCCAAUCCCUCGUCGUCGCAUAUCAAAGAUUGUUUAGCUGAAAGUGGAAUAACUUCAAGUACACAAACAUCAACUACAAGUUCAACUACAAAUUCAACAUCACCAAAUACACCUGAAGGGGAGGAAAAACCACCAAUUAAUCCAAAUCCCAUUACGUAUGCUGAAGAGAAUACAUUUUCAUGCUUUACUGGACAUUUUACUCUACAAAAUGGAACUAUGGUUGAGAAUAUAAUAAUACGAGGAUGUACUCCAACAACUUUCAGUUGUUUAGAUGAAGGUAUAAUAAAUGUAGAUAAAGAGAUAAGAAGUUGUAAUAUAGAAUUCUGUCAAACUGAUCAAUGCAAUUCUUCGGAUAUGGUAAAGAUGGGAAUGAUAUCAUUACUUUUACCAUUAAUUACAAUUUUAUUGCGUAUAAGAUAGAGAAGAUUGUAUUAUCAUGUUAAUUAUGACUAUAAUAUAAUCCGUUAAUCGUAUUUUUAAAUAAAUAAGGUAAUAAAGGUACUAAUUGAAAAAUAUUAAAGCCAUUAUAGUCAUAUUUCGAGAAUAAAUUUGUUUUUUCAAAAUUUAAAAUUGUAAGAAUUUUCAUUUUGGUUAAAAUGAAAAUCAUUUUGAUAAUGAUUACAUAGAAGGAAUAAAUUAUGUAUUAAUUAUUGAAAAUCCUUUAUGUAUUCUAACUUUAAUAAACAAUUUCCAUGAAACGUCAAAUCGUAUAUGCAGGAUAGUACGAAGAUUUGAGAUUAAUUCGAAUGUUUCAACAAAGUGAAAAAUUUUCUCUGCACAUUCAAGAACGGUAGACCCAUUUGCGCGAUCACGGUACAAUGACCAUUUACCGAGGGGCGUCGUGUAUUCUUCAUGGUACAGCAAUCAUGACACCAACACGGAACAGUUAUACGUCGUGUAUACUUCCAAUUGUAUAGGUAUAUCAACUUAGAAAUGUCAUGUUUCUAAACCUGUAUUAGAAACAAAUCCGUUAGCACGUCUCACAUAAAUAUAGAUACAUUUCGAAGUUUAAAAUAAAAAAAUGGAUAGAUAAAGCAAGUUCUAUAUAUAUUAAUUCGAAUAUAAUUGUCGUUGUGCCUUUGAAAAAUCGAUAAUGACAAAUUAAGCAAUACAAUUCCAUUAUUAUUAUAUCGAGACUGAUAUUAGAUACAACAAAAAUUACAACAACGAUAUGUCUCAAAUGAUAUGUAUGCGAUAAUAAAAGGAAAUACAUUA